AGUGUUUUGUUUUUAUGACAAACACCAUAACAUGCCAUGUGUAUGGCUUGUGUAUCCAUGCAGCCUUGUGAUUUUUAACUGGAACUUAAGAAAACGUAGAUCAUAAUGCAGGAGCGGGACAUCCCCAUCGACAUCAGCACCAACAAGCUGCUGGACUGGCUGGUGAGCCGGCGACUGUGCGGCCGCGACUGGCAGGCCCAGGUGCUGGACAUCCGGGCCAAGAUCAACAACGCCAUCCAGGACAUGCCGGCUCACCCGGGCAUCACCAGGCUGCUGUCCGGGGCCUACAUAAAUUACUUCCACUGCAAGAAGAUAAUGGAGAUCCUGAAGGAGACGGAAGCGGACAGCAAGAACCUGUUUGGCUCGUACGGCUCACAGCGCAUGAAGGACUGGCAGGAAGUGGUGCGGCUGUAUGAGAAGGACAACGUGUACCUUGCCGAGGCGGCCCAGAUGCUGGUGCGCAACGUCAACUACGAGGUUCCCGGCAUGAAGAAGCAGAUCGCCAAGUUGGAGCAGUUUCUAGCUGAAUGCGACAAGAAGGAGCUGGACUACGGCAAGGCCGCCAGCGCGGCGCGCGGGGAGUUCCAGGCGCUCUGCAAGCAGCUGGGGAUCCCGGGGCAGCGGAUCAAGCGGGAGCUGGCGGAGCGCGUGCGGGAGCUGCCCUCCGCCCUCGCCGCCGUCGCGGGCAAGAUGAAGUCCCUGGACCCGGCCGUCCGGCUCUACUCGCAGUUCGUCCAGUUCGUGCUGGGCAGCGAGUACCAGGGAGGCGUCGUGCCGCUCCUCAGGCACGUCAUCGAGAACGGCAACACUACCACAUAUGAGUGGAUCCACAAAGUACCACCGGUGGCAGUUGAAGAACCGCCUCUCAACAUCACCUUUGAUGAUGACGCGGAUGGCGCUGAUGAGUCGAAUGAUACUAUAGACUUUGGUGAUUUCGACAAUGCCGGAAGUGAUUCUGGAAUAGACUUUGGGAAAGAGUCAAUGCAGGAAAGUGGUGAAGUAGACUGGGGAAUCAAAAUAACAUCUGCUGAUGGAAUAACAAAUGAGACAGCGGAUAUUUCAGUGGAGGGAAGUGGGAUUGAAGUCGAGUCAUCUGGGGUGGAAGGAGGCGUUGCGAGAGGCGAAGAGGCCUACACAGUCAUGGACAACCCAGCCACCAAGAACACACUCCUAGAUGACCUCAAAGAGCUGGAGGCGUUCCUGAAGGUGCGGCUGGCGGAGACGAGCCAGCAGUCGGGCGACCUGCUCUCCCUGAGCCUGCUCCAAGACGCCCCGGCCGCCCUGCAGAUGCAGAGCGCGGCGGGGUUGGCGGCCAUGCUCGCCGCGGUGCAGGACGUGAUCUGCGACCUCUCGGACCAGCGCAUCCAGCACCUGCACAGCGUCAAGCACUCGCCCAGGUACGUGGACACGCUGGCAGACUCCCUGAAGCAGAAGCUGGCGGCCGUGGAGAAGAUGACUGCCUCGCAGGAGGCUGUGCGGCGGCGCAGGGCAGACGCGCGGCUCGAGUUGGCAGCCCUGGCGCCCAAGCUGCAGCUCGUCAUCUCCAAGACGAGGCAGCUGCAGGAGGAGAUUGAACAAGACAUCUCUAAGAAAUACAAGAACAGAGAAGUGAAUCUAAUGGGUGGUAUCAAAACAUUGUGACCAGUUAUUUGAAACAAUGAGUUCAUUCCGGUUGUCAGGUUCUUCUGUAUUUCUCCAGUGUUGUUUAAUGCAUGAUGGAAUGUGUUGAUGUAUAUAUGUAAAUCUUACCUAUAUACUGUGUGGUUUUACGAUUGAGAUAUUAUAAUAGAAUAUUUUCAAACUUAA